AUGAUCGCGAGCGAUUCCGCGCGUAGGUUAGACGUCCUCCGUGGGCACGUCGUCAACACGCAGCCCCCGACCUCCUCGGGGAUGGAUCGUAACCCCACCGCCGCGGUCGCGGUCCCACAAUACGCGGUUCCACUACCGGAAAGGCUCGUCGACGGCGAAUUCAACGUCUACAGGAACGUGAGCUCGCACACGAAGCUCAUGACCGGAUACGCUCCACCGUUCGACGCCGUGAAGACGCUUCACGACGUGUGGGAGAGCACGUGCAGCCGCCAUAGCGACCUCCCGUGCUUCGGCACGCGGUCGAUCGACGCGGACGGCGUCCCCGGGGCGUACACGUGGCAGACGUACGGCUCCGUGUACGAGCAACGCGCCGCGGCGUCGUCUGGAUUCGUGCACCUCGGGGUACGACCAGAGCAGAACGUCGGUCUGUACAGCAUAAACUGUGCGGAGUGGUGCGUCCUGGAGUCCGCCAUGACCCGGGUCUCUUUAGUCUCCGUGCCGUUGUACGACACGUUGGGCCCGGACGCGGUUCGUUUCAUCUGCAACCACGCCGAGCUCGCUGCAGUGUGCGUCUCAGCCGCGUGCUUGCCGACGAUGUUAGGGUGCCUGAACGACUGCCCGAGCGUGAAACUUUUGGUCGUUUACGGUAAAGAUCCCGGCGGCGGGGCGCCUGCGGCGCUCCCCAAAACCGCGGGAGGGUGUCGCAUCGUGACGUUUGAGGAGUUGAUUGCGCUCGGGAAUCGAAACCCGACCGCACCGCGCCCACCUAAAAACACGGACCUCGCGACGAUCUGCUACACGAGUGGGACGACAGGGGAUCCGAAGGGGGUGAUGCUAACACAUCUUAACCUCGUAUCGAACGCCGCGGCGUACGCGGACGAUCUCGACCUGGGCGUGAACGACGUGCAUGUCUCGUACCUGCCUCUCGCGCACAUUUACGAACGCGUCACUAUUUUAGUAUGCCUCUUCGCCGGGAGCAAGGCUGGCUUCUUCCGCGGCGACGUCCUCGGGUUACUCGACGACAUCGCGGAGCUCAAACCCACGGUGUUUUGCUCCGUCCCUCGGCUGUGGAACCGGAUAUACGACAAAGUGCACGCGGGAAUCAGAGAGGGUGGGUUCGUGAAACAGAAGCUUUUCGCGAUCGCGUAUGCGUCGAAGAAAAAGUCGCUCGAGGAGGGCACACCCCCGUCGAAGUUGUGGGAUAAGAUCGUCUUCAGCAAGCUGCGGGAUAAGCUCGGCGGGCGCGUCCGAUACAUGUCCACCGGGAGCGCCCCCAUAUCCGCGGAGGUGAUGGAGUUUCUUCGCAUAUGCUUCGGCGGGGUCGUGUUUGAAGGGUACGGCAUGACUGAGUCGGCGUGCGUGAUAAGCAAGACGCACGAGUCGGACUUUUCGUGCGGGCACGUAGGGUCCCCGGUGCCUUGUUGCGAGAUGAAACUUGAGAGCGUACCGGAUAUGAACUACACCACGAAAGAUGCGCCGUAUCCUCGAGGAGAGGUCUGUGUGCGAGGCCCGAGUGUGUUCGCCGGGUAUUACAGAGCCAAGGACAAGACGGACGAAGUCGUGGACGCGGACGGGUGGUUGCACACCGGUGACAUCGGCCUCUGGCUCCCGGGCGGACGUUUAAAGAUCAUCGACCGGAAGAAAAACAUCUUCAAGCUUGCUCAAGGGGAGUACGUCGCUCCGGAGAAGAUCGAGAACAUCUAUGCGCGAUCGAAAUUUGUCGCGCAGAGCUUCGUGCACGGGGACUCGCUUCAGCCGUACCUGGUCGCGGUCGUCGUCCCGGACGAGGAAGUUCUGAUUCCGUGGGCGAAGAAGAACGCCCAUCCGCACGCGGGGGAUUUCAGACGAUUGUGCAAAGACCCGGUCGUCCUCAAGACAAUCUUCGGGAGCAUGAAAUCCGUCGGCGCUGACGCUGGGCUGAAGGGAUUCGAGCAAGUGAGAGCGAUUCAUCUGCACGACGAACUCUUCAGCGUCGAGAACGGGCUGUUCACGCCGACGUUUAAGCUGAAACGGCCUCAGGCGAGAGACAAGUUCGGUAGGGAGAUCGAGAGAAUGUAUCGCGAGUUGAACGCGGGGCGGUGAUCGAUCGGGGUGGAUAGUUCACGAGUGCGCGUGUGUAGGUUGUAACAACGAGUUGCGAGGACAGCUGCGC